AUGAUCGAUGGAGAAACUUCGCAAGUCAGGCAGCUGCUGGGAAAGAAUCGUGUAGGAUUUAUCGGCCUCGGGAAUAUGGGAUCGCACAUGGCGCAGAACCUGAUCAAGAACGGACAUUCGCUGGUGGUGUACGAUAUUUAUCCCGAAGCGGUGGCUCCGUUGGAGGCCGCGGGCGCUCUGGCCGCUCGUUCUCCCGCCGAUGUGGCCGACAACGCGGACCGCAUCAUCACCAUGCUGCCAUCCUCGCCACAUGUUCACCAAGUAUUCAACGCCGAUAAUGGAAUCUUCAAGACAGUCCGCAAUGGGACGAUUCUAAUCGACAGCAGCACGAUUGAUCCCGCUUUGACGAAGGAUUUGUCGAGAAUCGCCGAGAAGAAGGGAGCUGUAUUCGUGGAUGCACCGGUUUCUGGAGGUGUAACUGGCGCACGUGACCAAACCCUGACCUUCAUGGUCGGCUGCGAGGAGUCUUCCUUCGCCAAGGUGAAGUCCCUCCUGGAGCACAUGGGCAAGAACAUCGUUCACUGUGGUCCGACGGGGAUGGGAGAGGCCGCGAAGAUCUGCAAUAAUAUGCUGAUGGCCAUCGGGAUGAUUGGUGUGUCUGAAGCGAUGAAUCUGGGAUUACGGCUAGGUCUGGAUCCCAAAGUCUUAGCCGGUAUUAUUAACACCAGCAGUGGACGGUGUUGGUCCAGUGAGAUCUACAAUCCGGUGCCGGGUAUUAAAGAGGGAACGCCGUCGUGUACAAAUUAUCAAGGCGGAUUUGCCAGCAGUCUUAUGGCUAAGGAUUUGGGAUUGGCUCAGAGUGCAGCUACUGCGACCAUGUCGCCCACACCGCUCGGCAGUUUAGCCCAUCAGAUCUACCGUCUGAUGAUGUCCAACGGGAUGGGCAAUAAAGACUUCUCAUCGGUGUACCAGUUUCUCCAGGAUGGCCAGGUUCAGGGUGAAAAAUCUCCGGCAAAAUAAAAACGCUCAGAGAGAGUAUGCCUGUUAUUAAUUCUGAUCGGCACAUGCAAUGCUGACUGUCUUUCCAAACCUUCCGGGAGUGUUAUUAUAUUAAGUCUCUCCGGUUGCAGCGGGGAGUUUUAUCUUUUUACUUGUUCCGUGUUUUGUGUUUGGUCCGUGUUUCAGGGAAUUGUGGUUGUUCUGGUGGCUAUGUGCUGGUAGCGGGAGAUUCGUGCACAACGCAAAACGUCGUCGA